CGGUGAUGACAAACAUGCUCCUCUGGAAUUGUGGGUAGAUAUUGGACUUGUAAACUAAAGGAUUGCUAAGCACCUCCUUGCUUAGUCUUUUCUAGUUUGCCCAGCGUGCACAUAACCCUCAAGCACUAGGACCGUGAGGAAUCCAGGCCACUAUGUCGCCUCCGUUCUCCGCCCGCAUCCAGUUAUUGAUCCUGUGGACGCUAGGCAUUCUCAUUGGCCUAGUAGGCAGAGCGGCUCUAGCCUUAGGCGGCCCCAAGUUUGCCUCAAGGACCACCCAGCCGGUGACCGAACCUUUGCUCCUGCUUUCCGGGGUACGGCUGGCCAAGCUGAUACGACAGAGGAAGGUAAAAUGUAUAGAUGUUGUUCAGGCUUAUAUUAAAAGAAUCAAGGAUGUGAACCCAAUGAUUAAUGGAAUUGUUAAGUACAGGUUUGAGGCAGCUAAGAAGGAGGCUCAUGCUGUAGAUCAAAGGCUUGCAGAGAAGCAAGAAGAUGAAGCCACUCUGGAAAAGAAAUGGCCCUUUCUUGGAGUUCCUUUGACAGUCAAGGAAUCUUUCCAGCUACAGGGAAUGCCCAAUUCUUCUGGCCUCAUGAGCCGUCGUGAUGCCAUUUCCAAAACAGAUGCCGCUGUGGUGGCAUUACUAAAGGAAGCUGGUGCUAUUCCCCUUGGCAUAACCAACUGUAGUGAAUUGUGCAUGUGGUAUGAAUCCAGUAACAAGAUCUAUGGCCGAUCCAACAACCCAUAUGAUUUACGGCAUAUUGUAGGUGGAAGUUCUGGUGGUGAAGGCUGCACAGUGGCAGCUGCCUGCUCAGUGAUUGGUGUGGGCUCUGAUAUUGGUGGCAGUAUCCGGAUGCCCGCUUUCUUCAAUGGCAUAUUUGGACACAAGCCUUCUCCAGGUGUGGUUUCUAACGAAGGCCAAUUUCCUGUGGCUGGAGGAGCCCAGGAGCAGUCUCAGUGCACUGGUCCGAUGUGUCGCUAUGCUGAAGACCUCACCCCCAUGCUGAGGGUCAUGGCAGGAUCUGGGAUCAAAAAGUUAAAACUGGAUGCAAAUGUACAUUUGAAGGACAUAAAAUUUUACUGGAUGGAACAUGAUGGAGGUUCAUUUUUAAUGUCCAAGGUGGACCAAGAUCUCAUCCUGGCUCAGAGAAAGGUUGUGGCUCACCUCGAAACUAUUCUAGGAGCCUCAGUGCAACAUGUUAAACUGAAGAAAAUGAAGUAUUCCUUGCAGUUGUGGAUCACAAUGAUGUCAGCAAAGGGACAUGAUGGGAAGGAACCUGUGAAAUUUGUGGAUCUGCUUGGUGACCAUGGAAAGCCUGUUAAUCCUCUGUGGGAAUUGAUCAAAUGGUGCCUGGGUCUGUCAGUGUACACCAUUCCUUCUAUUGGGUUGGCUUUGUUGGAGGAAAAGCUCAAAUAUAACAAUGAAAAAUACAAAAAGUUUAAGGCAGUGGAAGAAAGCCUGCAUAAAGAACUGGUGGAGAUGCUAAGUGAUGAUGGUGUGUUCUUAUAUCCCUCACAUCCCACAGUGGCACCCAAGCAUCAUGUUCCUCUAACAAGGCCUUUCAACUUUGCUUACACAGGUAUCUUCAAUGUCCUGGGUUUGCCUGUGACCCAGUGCCCACUGGGUCUGAAUGCUGAAGGACUUCCUCUAGGCAUCCAGGUUGUGGCUGGACCCUUUAAUGAUCACUUGACCAUCGCUGUAGCCCAGUAUUUUGAGAAAACUUUUGGGGGCUGGGUUUGUCCUGGAAAGUUUCAGUAGGACCUUCUCCAAGGUCAAAGAUUGUGUGUAUGUGCAUGUGUGUAUUUUUAUUAAUUGGGUGAGAUCAAGCACCAGCAGGCAAGUAGAGAAAAAACAACUGGGUAGUUUAUUUACUCAUUCAGUUUUUCUUUCUACUUUUAUUUCCUGCACCAAUUGUUGGUCUAACUAAAAUGAUAAUAUUUCAUUCCUGCCUUCACUUACUGGAGAAUGUGGACAUGUAAAUGAAUGAAUACAAUAAAGUUUCCUAGAUGCUG